AUGCCGGCUCAGCAAGGCGCCAUAAGCCGCUGGGGCGAGAUCGCCCAAUUCAUCAACGGAUGGGGCUGGCAGUAUUGGCAAACACUCCCUCUUCGCACUGUGAGCUUCAACUGCAUACAUAUGCUUGUCGGGCCGAAGGUCGUCGUCUUUUCUGCCCUUGUGGCGUGCGCAUCUGCGGGAGGCUUCUCCGGUCUAGGGCUUGGCGGUGGUGGUGGCCUCGGAGGAGGUGGUCUCGGCGGUGGCUACGGUGGUCUUGGAGGUCUCGGCGGUCUCGGCGGUCUCGGCGGUCUCGGCGGUGGCCUCGGUGGCCUCGGUGGCCUCGCCCUGGGCGGAGGUGCCCUGAAGACUGGCACCGCUUUUGGCGCCCUGUCUGCCCAACCAGUGGCUACUGUCGGCGUCCUCAAGCAGCCCGUGGUCAAAUACGGCGUGGUCGCCAAGCCGGUCAUCAACUACGUCGCCCAGCCGUUCGCCACUGUGUCCCACGUUGCCAGGCCUUUCGUCAGUUAUCACGGCGGCGCCCUCGGCGGUGGUCUUGGUGCUGGUCUCGGUGGUCUCGGUGGUGUCGGUGGUCUCGGUGGCCUCGGUGGCCUCGGUGGUCUCGGUGGUCUCGGUGGUCUCGGCGGUCUUGGUAGUCUUGGUGGUCACGGAGGCAAGCUCUACAAAUGA